AUGGGUGGAAGGCGCGACUCUGGCAUCCACACUCCCAACGCCCCCUGCUCCUUGCACCUUUGCACCCUUGCACGCCUAGCCCCAGAACAAGGGCCGCCGGAGCGUCCCCGGCAGAUUGCACCCAGAAGCCAGCCCGGCCUUUCUACCGCUCUUUGGCCGAUCAGACCCAGAGCCUGUCGGGCCAGCAGCAUGCGACCACGUAGGUAUCCAGGGCCCAACACGCCAAAAGCCUUCACUGCGUGCGCCGCCACUGACGCCCAUGGCACCGCCGCCCACGGCCUCUGA